CGCAAACGGCAUCACUGUCUAUAACAAACAACUGUGUGUGUUUUGGAUGUUGCGAACACAUUAAGGAUAUAGACGUUUAACUAGGAUUUGCAAAGACUAAAAGGCUUGAAAUAAAAUGGAGCCACCAUCGACUGGUGGUGUGCAUCAGUCCGCCGCUGGCAACAAUUCCACACACAAAUUUCAUCCAUGCGAUGAGGCCGUGAUAGCCACCAAUGACGAUGCUAGCGAUUGCAAGCGAUGUGCCGUCCGCCUUGGCUAUUGGAAGGACGACUAUAUUGGAUACUUUGUAAGGAAUCAGGAGCGCAAAGCGCCGGAGAUAAACCGUGGAUACUUUGCCCGCGUCAAGGGCGUGGAGAUGUGUGUGGAGAAGUUCCUGAAGAAAACUUCCGGAAAUUGUCAAAUCAUCAAUCUAGGAUGUGGCUUUGAUACUCUUUACUUUCGCCUAAGGGAUACCGCCCAUCAAGUGAAGAACUUCAUCGAAUUGGAUUUCCCCACAGUCACGGCGCGCAAAUGCUACACAAUCAAACGUAACAAGGCUCUGUUGGCCAAAAUCCAUGAUGAGGAUGGCGAGGUUCGUCUCAGUCCAACAGAUUUGCAUGGUCCCAACUACCAUUUGAUGGGAGUGGAUUUGCGUAAUCUUGAUGAGGUUGACAAUAAACUGCAACAGGCCGAGGUGGACUAUACGCUGCCCACCAUCUUUCUGGCCGAGUGUGUCCUAGUCUACAUAGAGGCCCAGAAUUGUCGCAACUUAUUGAAAUGGAUAGCCCAAAAGUUCCAAGCGGCUGUCUUUGUCAACUAUGAGCAGGUUAAUAUGAAUGAUCGCUUUGGCGAGGUAAUGCUCAAUAAUCUACGCUCACGCGGCUGCAGUCUUGCUGGAGUCGAAUCCUGCCUGUCGCUGGAAACACAGAAUCAGCGUUUCAAGGACUGCGGCUGGAGUGGGGCUCGAGCCUGGGACAUGGUGCAGGUUUAUGAGAGCAUCUCAACUGCUGAACGCCAGCGUAUUGAGCGUCUCGAAAUGCUGGAUGAGGGUGAAUUGCUGCUUCAAUUGUUCCAGCACUAUUGCCUUGUGGUUGCAUGGCUGGGUCUAGCCUUUCAGGAUUUAGAUAUCACGUGCGUCCCAGUUGUGGAGGAGCUGAUGUCCUCUUUAAAUAUUGAUUAAAAGUCAUUCUCAUGUGAAAGAGAUGAGUUUACCCAAAAUGAAAUAAGGAUGAAGAGUUGAUGCCAAAACCUUUGUUGCUUCUAAUCGUGUUAAAUUCGAAAUUGAAAUGUAUUUAAUCUAAUUAACACUUCUAAAUACACAAAGACACACACACACACACAUA